AUGAGCCCGCCGCCUGGAGGACAGCAGCAGGAUGCAGGGCCACCGAAGAAGAAGGAGGGCAAGGUCGCAACAUGCAGGUACUGCGAUAUGACAUUCCGCAAGCUUGAACACGCUCAGCGACACGAACGAACCCACACAAACGACCGCCCGUACACCUGCGACAAGUGCGGCAAGACGUUUGCGAGGCAAGACACGCUCCACCGCCAUGGACGGCUGCACCUGCGUGACAACGACGACGGACCGACGGCGAAAGGAGGGCGGAAACGGCGCGCAUCGAACGCUUCGGCGACGGCCAAGCCGCCGACCCCUCCCAAGACCGGGAGCGACUCGUCGUCUUCCUCGUCCGGCCGCGCCGGCUCCUCCGAGCAGGCGAUGGCGUCGACGUCUUUUUCGGCGAUUGGCGCAGGCGACAUCCUCGUCGGCGGUCCCUCGUCCUCCACGCCCUCGCAGGGCUUCCUUCCUCCUCGUCCCUCGACUUCCUCCUCGUCAACGUUCCCGGGUCUCGGUCUCACGAUGGGCCUCCCGGUGGCCCCUCCUUCGUUUCACGCCUUUGGCAUCGGCACCACCCCGCAGCAGCAGCCCGAGUUCCCGCACUUUCCAUCCAUCGACCCUGCUGUCAUCCCUCUGCCUCGUCGCUUCAGCGACGCUGGCUACGGAACGUCUCUCGCCACCGACCAAUACGGCCGCUCUGCUCCCUCCGCCUCCGCCGCCUUCCCCGGAACCGGAGCACCAGACCCAAGUCAAGCGCGAGGAGCAGGAGCACGACGACCAGGAGGAGAAGCUACCGAUGGCGCCGGCGCCGGCUGCCCGCCCCGCCCUUCUCUCCGUCCCCGCGCCUUGACGCUCGCCGGCUUGCCCGAAUCGCUCGGCUGCUUCUCGCUCGCCAACUCGCCCGUCGCGAGCGACGCGGGCAUGUCCGAGGACGACGAGUCGACGGCCUCGUCGGACGAGGACGGCGACGGCGACGACCCGAUGGACUCGGACCGCAAGGUCUCGAGCGGGUCGGCGACGAGCACCGCGGCGUCGGACCUCGACGGCGUCGAGUGCGGCGUCGCCUCCCCCGUCGCGCCAGAGUCUCACUACCCCUCCCCGGCUUUCUCGUCGUACUCGCCCUCGUCUCUCCACGCAGACCACCUCACCGACCUCCACGCAAUACUCGAGAACGACCCCGUCCCCUCCCGCGCAUUCGGCCACCGCCACCCUUCACCUCCCCCGACCGCCCAGCCCGAAUUCGACUUUGAGUCGUUCGCGGCGUCGAUCGAGGGCCCGGGACCGGCGAACCUCGCGCGCAAGAUGUCGAGCAACAUCCCGACGACGCUCGAAGAGUUGCUGAGCAAUACGGCGAACGACUUGAGUGCGCCGGUGCCGAUCGCGUUGACGGCUGAGGAGAAGGCCAAAGCCGCGCAGCAGCAGUCGCAGUCGCAGGCCGACGUCGAGCGGUACCCGACUCCUCCCUCGGGCACGCUGAGCUCGUCCGCGCUCGCUCUCCACCCCGAGCCGUCGCAGUCGUUCGAGGCUUCGGCGUCGUACGACCUCGCCGCCCACAUCAACUCGAUCAUCUCGUCCGCCGAUGCGGACCAGCAGGCUCGCGACCGCGCCGCGACGGCUGCGAUGUACUCGAGCGGGUUUGGCGUUUCGCCUGGCGCCCAAGUCGGGCUCAGCUAUGGUCUCCCGACGCCUAUGCCGACGUAUGCGCAGCCUGCACCUGCACCUGCGACGUCGCAAGCGGAGCAGUCGGCAGCUACCGCGACGACCAGCUCGCUCUCACUCCCUAUUCUGUCGAACCCGCUCGGCGCAGGCUCGCCCGCCUCGAUCCCGCGCGACUCGUCCUUCUUCGCCGCCGCCCUCUCCGCCACCUACGCGACGACCUACCCGAGCCUCUCGCUCCCCGUCGCAGGCUUCGACCUGCCGAACAGCACGUCGCUCAAGUCGAACACGCCCGCCACGUUCGACCUGAAAGCCGCCAUGGGCGGCCUCUCGUCGCCCCUCUCGAUGAGCGCCCCAGUCGACUCGUCCGUCCCGCACUCGCACUUUGAUCGACUCGCCAAGGCGUGGGAACAGCGUCAGCGCGCUGCGGCGCUCUUGGGCGCGCAGGAAGGUGGAGCGUCGAAGCAGCCGCAGAUCAACCUCCGCAGCCCGUUCGUUCAUCCAGCGAAGAGCACGCCGGCUUUCUACAUCCCUGCGAGUGGAGGACCCGCGUCGCCUCCGUCGUCGGCGUCGUCGUCGUCGGGAAGUGACCCGAGGGCUUCGGCGGCCCUGGCGGCGCUCUCGGCUCCCUCGCAGUCACUGUGGUGA